ACGAAUUACAAGUCAAGUUUUGUAUAUCUGGGUUCGUCCGUCUAAUAUCAUUAAAGACAAAAUAAACUCUAUUUCUUAAAUUUUCUUCCAUCGAAUAAUACAAACCUAUUAAAAUGGGUCACGGUUUCGGUGGCUUGGCCAAAGUGAGGGGGAUCAUCUUCUACAAAUUAUCCCCUUUUGAACAAAAGGCCUUCGCUGGAGUUAUUUCGAAAGGGUUCCCCAAUACGAUUAAGAGAAUUUCUGAAAACUUUUUCAGAGUAGCACCACCAUUCAUCAUGUCCUACAUCGUUUUUACCGAGACGGAAAAGAAACAUGAGCUCAUGAUGAGGAAAAAUCCUGAAGAUUACGUCAACGAUGUCUAAUAAACUUAUAAAUCUUACAGCCUUUACUAGAUAAAAACUGCCCAGAUCAGAACAUCGACGCGACUUUGACGUAAACAAGAUGGACGCCACAACAGUCACUUUAGUAAUUAUGUAGAGCAUAGUUAAUUCAUAUAAGUAAUUACGAGAAAAAUGUAAAAAAACAAAUAUGUGUGGACGAAUCUGGAUAAAGCUUUCAAAUUGUAUAGAAUCAGAGAUGAAAACCUGUUGAAAGAAAUAUAUACUUCUGAUGUGAAAUAAAGUUGGAGAGAAAACUGAAA